AUGGCUCCGUCUAAGCGACAGACGUGGAUUAACGUCUACGAUCCAAAGACGGGCCAAUACAAUUCUCAACUGGUGACUAAAGAUCAAUCAUCUGGCCAAGAUUCUGGUGUAAAUCAGGUGCCUAACAAAGCUCGAGAGGAGACAAUUGAUUACAGUGUCAAGUAUCCUCAAGACAAUGUGCAUGGACUGCCUGGCUCCUCAGGAACCAACAAUAGCACCUCGGACAAACCUGCUACCACAGACGGAACUCACCAGCCUGAUAACUCAACUGCUGGCAAAGUUAAAGCUCAACCAAUUGCCAAAACUGAGCGUAGUCUACCAAAGCGCGGAGGACUAUCGCAAAGCCGUUGGGCGCCGAAAGAGGAUGUCAAUGAGACCAAAAGGGGUCAACAGUCUACCGCGCUUACUGGCCUAUCCAAGAGUCAACAUAACUCAAAUGUAGCUGCGAAGCAGUUGGAUGAUUCAAUCAAACCCAUUGAUUCUGACGUUGUACAUCAAGUCUCUAAGACACUCGCUACUACUACUACCCUAGUAGAUGCUAGCAAAAAAGACUCCAAGCUUCACGACUAUGUGGAUACGCAGAUGAAUGCCGGAUGUAAUGUCGCACCGAAAGACUACAAGCUUGCUAAGACGAUGGAGGAUGAGUCUUCACCCAUUGAGAGGGUUUCGUACCUACCGGAACGUACCGAGAAACGAAUCAAGGAUUGGAUUCAGCCAACUCAAGAGAUUACCGUGGACCUUCAUCCAGAAGGGGUUACAAACCCAGAACGAUGCGCUGUAGACCCCGAGACAGGCCGUCUCAUGGCACCGGUAAUUUCAGCUUCUGAAGUGCAAGGUAUAGUCCAGAAGAACCCAGUGGAACCCAAGGAUGAUUCGAAGCCUCUUCCGGAGGACUCAUUGCCCGAGGAACUUAAGCCGAAGAGGGAAUAUAGGAGUGAAGAGGAUCUGCCCGGGAAGCGCCUUGAAGUCCCCUUAGUCUAUCCUGAAAAGCCUCUCAAUGAGCGUGAGAUAAGAGUGCCGUGCCACCUCCGACCGGCCAAGAGAGACGAUAUGAUGCAGGUGGCGGCAUUGUAUAAUGAAGAGAUGGACGCCAGUUAUAAGCUACCGGACAAGAGACAAGUCAGCCAUCACAAGUGGAUCAACAUCUAUGAUGGGUGCUGCACCGAGAAUAUGCCAUUUCUCGUUGCCGUAGAUGGCUGGUAUAAUGCCGCCGCUGAGAACAAUGGACCCGUCAUUGCAUUUGCCGUGAUGGACGUCGCUGUAAGAGGCAUCUUUGGCUCUUACAAGACAUAUGCCGCCCCUUGUGGGAAGCUCACAGUGGUUGUACAUCCUGAUUACCGUCGUCAGAAUGUAUGCUCAGCAUUACUUGACGCAGUCUUUAGCUGCUGCUCGGUAUACUACUCAUCGCGAGAGGGAUAUGAGUUUGUGAACAAAGAGCAAGACCGUAGAUAUAUGACCCCGAUCAACAAUCUACGCCGGUGGAGCUGGAUUGACAUCGACGUUGUCAUUCCAAGUGGAUCUACAAAGAAGAAGGUCGAGCAGAGCGAGCGGUUCAAGUGGGUUGCAACUUACUUGAGCGAAUAUUUCGACAUGCGGAUCGCUUACCACGACGAGAAGCUAUUCCGAGAUGAUCGAUACGAAAACCUAUGGCUCGAUAGAAUUACCUUCCGACACCAGUGCCGACCCCGAGGAACUUGA